CUUCUAGAUAGAGUUUGGGUGAAGUGUUGGGACAGCUGAGGAAGUCUGCUAACCAGGCCCUGCCUCAUUUUUCUGGAUUGGACACUGACAGAAGCAGAGCUGGCAUAAGUACUGCCUGAAAAACUGGAAGAACCUGAAUUGAGGUUGUCACAGAAUUCAAACAACCAUGGCUCUGCCGAUAGACCCCAUGGAGGAGCCUCGAAUAUACCAGCAGACGCUGCUGCAGGAUGGCCUCUGCGACCUGCUGGAAAAUGACACCAUGGUGGACUGUGUGCUGAAGAUCAAGGACAAGGAGUUCCCCUGCCAUCGCCUUGUGCUGGCUGCUUGUAGCUCCUACUUCCGGGCAUUUUUUAAAUCAGGUGUGGAAGCAAGCAAACAGCGUGAAAUUGUCCUGGAGGAUGUUGAACCUGGUGUCAUGGGUAUGAUUCUGAAAUACCUCUACACAUCAAGCAUCAAUGUGACUGAGCAGAAUGUCCAAGACAUCUUCGCUCUCGCCAACAUGCUCCAGAUCCCUUCCAUUUUCACAGUAUGUGUCUCUUUCCUGCAGAAGCGCUUGAGCUUGAGCAACUGCCUGGCCAUCUUUCGCCUGGGAUUGAUGCUCGACUGCCCUCGGUUGGCUAUCUCAGCCCGGAACUUCGCCUGUGAGCGUUUUCAGCUGAUCACACGAGAUGAGGAGUUCCUACAACUAAGUCCCAGCGAGUUAGGGGCCAUCUUGGCCUCGGACUCACUGAAUGUGGAAACAGAGCAGGCUGUAUUUGAGGCUCUGAUUAAAUGGGUGGGCUGUGACAAGGACAAACGUCUUGAGGAACUCCCAACACUACUGGACUGUGUGCGCUUCCGACUCGUCCCUGAAGACUAUUUUGCAGAGCAGGUGGAGCAACACGAGUGGCUGCGAUCUAACCCAGAAAUUACCAAGAAAUUGCAACUGGUCAAAGAUGCUCAUGCUGGGAAGCUUCCAGAGGCCAAGAAGACCUUGACAAAUAAGAAAAGCAAGGAGAAGAAGACAGAGGAAGAUGGUGAAGAGGAAGAAGAAGAUCAGGAAGAGUUACUUCCUGGAAUCCUGAAUGAUAAUUUAAGGUUUGGCAUGUUCCUUAGAGACUUAAUAUUUAUGAUAAGUGACACAAGUUCAGUGGCUUACGACCCUACAGGAAACGACUGCUAUGUGGCGUCAAUAUCCAGCCAGGUUCCAAAAAAUCACUGCAGCAUUGUAACCAAAGAGAACCAGAUCUUUGUGGCUGGUGGACUUUUCUUCAAUGAACAGAAUGAAGAGGAACAGGUUAACUCAUACUUUUUACAGUUUGACCCCGCAAGUUCAGAUUGGCUAGGAAUGCCCCCCAUGCCCUCACCACGCUUCCUGUUUGCCAUGGGUGAAGCAGAGAACGCCAUCUUUGUAAUCGGUGGGAAGGAGUUAAAGGAGGGAGAACAAACUUUGGAUUCAGUCCUAGUUUAUGACAGACAAUCUUUCAAAUGGAAAGAGUCAGUUCCACUUCCCUAUGCGGUAUAUGGCCAUGGAACCGUGUCUCAUGAUGGAACUGUGUAUGUCAUAGGAGGAAAAGAAGACAGCAAACAGUGCUUGAACAGAGUUUGUGCUUAUGACACAAAGAACAGUGAAUGGAAGGAUCUUGCACCACUGAAGACUGCACGAUCACUGUUUGGCGUCACUGUUUAUAAGGGCAAGAUCUAUGUGGCUGGAGGUGUCACAGAGACCGGCCUCACUGGCACCAUGGAGGUUUACGACAUUAAAUCAAACAAGUGGUCUGAGUUUGUUGACUUUCCUCAGGAGCGCAGCUCCCUCAGCCUGAUCACAGUGGGUAAUGCCAUCUACGCUGUGGGUGGCUUCGCAAUGUUUCCAAGUGAAAACAGUGAAGAGCUCACACCAAGAGAGAUGAAUGACAUUUGGAGGUAUGAUGAAAGUGAGAGGAAGUGGAGUGGUAUCCUGAGAGAGAUUCGCUAUGCUUCAGGUGCCACCGUGUUGGGUGUUCGUCUCAACACACUGAGACUCACUAAAAUGUGAAACAUGAAACCAAUGGAACAACUGUUUGUACUCACUUGAGACCCAGUCUUUUUUCUUUUUUUUUUCAAUUUUUCUAAUAAAGUUCGGUUUUAUCAGACAGAAAGUGUGACAUAUGAGAACAAGAGCACUAAAAAACUGGAACUGUGCUUUUUUCCAUUGACCAGUUUUAGAUGUAUGUUUUUUAAAAUCACCAAGUUUGGCACCUGCAAGAACUUAUGGUACCUGGAGACACGGCUUUCAGCACUAUUCAUUGCUGAUUGGUUGUGCUUACUAUAUCAGACCAAAAACUGAAUAAAGGAAUGAAAACCCAGAAAAAUCAGGUGUAUGUGCUGUCAGUAGCAACAUUGUGCUGUUACAUUUCAUCUACUUGCAUGUUUCAUUUCUCAAAAAAUAUACUCAUACUAUAAAAAAAUAUAAAAUAUAUAUACUCAUACAGCACUAACAAUAUCAUUAUAGCAUAACUCCCAUCCAUAGAAACAGCUGUCUGAACAUAUUCGGUGUGACUUUAGAGGGCUUAGUAAGUUAACAAUGUCCCUAUUAUGCUAUUACCACUUUGUCAGAUUUUCUCAGUGGAGGGUUAGAUCAAAAUUAUUUUCAUUUCCUCAUGGUGCAGACUUUGGUUAUAACUUAGAAAAUUUAAAAACACUAUCAAUUAAUAUCAGUAAUUUUGUUUCAGCUUGGUUCAGUUCUUGUUUUUUACUGUGCAGGAAAAAGUCAUUAAAAUCUCUGGCUUAAUUUCAGAUAAAAUUAUAGUUUUACUGUUAUUACCAUUACUGUUAACAAUGUAUGUCAUCUACAGUAAUUAGAAUUAAAUUGCAGAAUAUUCUCCAUAAACUUGUUAUUUCUACCUAUUAUGGUGUUAUGAUUAGCACUAGGGCUGCAUAAUAAGACAGUAUAAUAUCAACAUUGUGAUAAAGUAUGUCAAAAUACACUUUUAUAAG